UUUAAUGAAUUUUAUUCUAGUGUUUUGUUUUUAUCUGUGUAAAAAAUCAGAUGACAGUGAUAAUGUGAGAACAACUUUCUGAAGUGCAUUUUCCUGUGAAUUAAAUUACGUAUAAUUACGUGAAUAAAAGUAUUGUAAUAGAGCUCACAUGAAAGUACAUUCUCAUCUAUGUAUUGUUUUACGGUUGGAUUUGCAAUAAAAAAAUAGUUUCAUUCAUCAAUGCCUGCAAGUGAAUUGAUUGUAUUGAACGUCACGUUUUUUUUAAAUUAAAACUUUUAAAAAUGGGGUGCAGUCAAAUUUUUUUGCUCUUAUGGAAAAACUGUUUAAUUCGAAGUCGUCAUCGAAUGAUCCUUGCUUUUAUCAUCCUUUGGCCAAUAAUUAUUUUCAUGCUCUUAUAUACUCUUCGAGAUAAAGUAGCUCCUGAGUAUCACCCAACAUGCCAAUUUCGAGCAAGACUUAUGCCUCAUGAUGGACUUUUGCCAUUCGUUCAAUCUUAUCUUUGUAAUGUAGGCAAUCCUUGUGAAUCACUUGAUCAAUAUGAAGAAUUCCCUUUAUUUUCGAAAACAAGACUCAGUCAACCCAUAAAAGAAUUCCAGAGAAUUUUAGAAAAUAAAACAAUCACUGAAGCUAUCAAUGUUCUUCCUCAAAGUGUUUAUUUUUUAAAAUCAAUGACAGAAAUUCUAACACAGCCAAACAUUAAAACCAUUUUCAUUGACGGUAUUAAACUUGGUGAUAUAUUAAACGAUCAUGAGGAAGUUAAAGCUCUGUUAAAAAACCAAUUGUCUAAUGGGGAUGAAAAUUUAAUGAAUACUUUACUUCGUACUCCCAUUAACUUACUAUACAUCAUGAAUAUGUUAAGUUCUUCAUCUGGUGUAGAUAAAAUAAUUUGCUCUCCAGAAAUGUUGGGCCAAUAUUUGACUGUGUCUAAAGAACAAGACCUUUCUGUUAUUUCUCAAACAUUGUGUAACUUGAAUCAGGACAAAGUUCCAUCAAUGAUAGAACAGUUAGCAAAGUAUUUUAAUUUUGAUAGAUUUCUUCAAAUUAUCCAGAAUGUGAUGACGAAGUUUCAAAAUUAUAGUUUGAGUGAAGAUGUUUCUAAAACGAUUAAAAAUAUUUUGGAAUUAGAUAUGAUGAAGCAGUUUAUACCUGGAUAUUUAAAGAUGCAACGGUGGUUGCCUGAAAUAAUGUCACUGUUAAUUCAUAAAAAAAACUUAGAUAUAUCUUUUAUAAAUAAAUCAGUUGAAAAAAUGGAUCCACUUUUUGUUGAUGAUCCAAACUGGUACAUUGCACGCCAUGGGCUCUAUAAACUCAGCUCUCUUAUAGAACUUUUAAAAAAUAAAAUGGAAGAAGAUAAAUUCAUCUGCCCUAAAGACACAAAUUGUACAAGCUCCAAAGAACAAACCAAUUCUACUGAGAUGUUUGAUUUAAUUAAAGAAAUUUAUCAAGAUAUUAUUGAUUUAGCAUCUAGAUUACCAUAUGAUCAAUUUAAUCAGAACGGAUCAGAUUCUAAAACUUCAGUCUCUACCUCAAAAGCCACUGAUCCAUUAUCUUAUAUUACGGCUAUUUUUUCUAAAUUUGCUCGAUUAAUAGGCUAUGCAGUUACAAUGCAACAAGAAGUAUCAGAGCGUUUUGUUAAUAUUUUAGAAAAGCAUAAUAAUACUAUUACUAAAAUUAUAAAAAGUCAAAAACCAAAUUUUUACAAAUUAGUUAUUGACUCAUUCUCUGAUUUAAGUUUUAUAGAAAAUUUAAUAGAAACUUUCGACAAAGAUGAACCUGCAAAUGCACUCUGUGAUCAUAAAGUCUUUCAAAGAAUAUUCACAAAGUCGAAUUAUUCUGAGAAUGAAUUAAAUAAUAUUCACCAAUUUCUGUGUCAAGAUGAAAUCAAAAACCUUAUUAACGACAUAUACAAUCUUUUUGAGUUUGAAAACUUUCGAAAAGUUGUUGAAAGCAUUUUAUCAACAUUUAUUAACAUUGUUUUAUCGAAACCUGAGCCAUCAGUAGAUGAUGGUGAAGCUUCACCUGAUUUGGAUAUAGGAAAGUUAAGUAAUCCACCAGGACAAAAUUUUUUGAAUUUUACCAAACUCAAUCUGCCUGAGGAAUGGACUCGAGUAAUUAAAGAUACUGUACUUGAAGGGAAAAAAAUAAUUUUAGGAUAUUAUUUGAGUAUUGUGAAAUCUAUUGGGGUUCAUAGCAUAUCAUAUCUUGUAAUGAGACCACAUCUUGAAAAUAUAGAUAAAGUUGCUGGUUUAAUUUUAGAAGAUUUACAAAAAGAUUCAGAAAUUUUGAUAAAACAAUUAAAGACUCACAAAGUUCAACUUAUAGAAACAUUUUAUUUAACAAUAAGUGAUAUAGAUAGAAUUUUAGAUAUACUGGAAUAUAACAAUCUUUAUAACUCUUAUUGUCAAGUAGAAAAUCCACCUGAACUUAUUCAGUAUCCCUCAGGCUCAAAUGUUACUCUGUUAAAAGAUAUAAUCUGUAGAUUUAUGGAAAUUAUUGAUACUAAAUUAAAUGUUAAUUUAAAGCAAGUUAAAUCAGGAACAGUACAUGUCAAAAAACCUUUUGAUUGGACAGAGUUAAAUAAAAAAUUUGUUCAACUUUAUGAAUAUUUUUAUAUUUUAUCUGAUGAUAGUGAUGUUGAUGUAGCACGUUUAGAAGAACUGCAGGCAAUUUUUAAAUCAAGUUGGUCAGAAAAUUUAACACUUUCUACUGCUUGGGAAAUAAGCAUUGGAUUAUUAUGUAAAGUCUUCAACUUAGCUGAGAGCCCUUUAUUCAACGUACAAUCGAAACCAGAAUGGCAAUAUGUUCAGGCUUUAGCUGAAUUAUUUAGUACAAUAUUCAAUACUGCCGAGAAGAUAUUGAAUACUAUUUUAGAUAGAAAUAAUAUUAUCUUAUCCCAUACUGAGGCAAGUGAUGUAACUCAGACUCAGAUCCUUUUUGAUUCUAAAUCUCAUAAUACUACUGUUGGAAUUCAAAAUAUAUUUACAGUUGAUGAAGUCGCAACUGAUGAUCUCAAAAUAGAAAAGAAUGGAACUUGUUUUUAUAAACCAUCAUUACAAAAAAUUAUUCAGCCAUCAUCUACUGUUAAUUUAGAAAGUUAUCGAAAAAUAUGGAAAAAGCUACCAUUCUUCAUGGAAGUUUAUAAAAUCUUUCAAGAUGGAACAGCUGAACAAAUUUAUAACUUCAACUGGACAUCCGGAUACUCUCAUUUUCGAAGAUUAGUCAAAAAAAUAAUUCUUGUAUCAAAUUCAUCAACGGAACUAUUCGCGGUUGAGAAAAAAAUUGAUUACAACUUAAAUAAUGUGAUAUUAAAUAUUAAAACUAUUUUAGAUAAAAAAAUGUUCGAAUCUAAAGAAGCUAAAAAAUUAUUAAAAAAUAUUCAACAAAAUUUAAAUAUCACAUAUAUUGCUAGUAAUUAUGAUGAUUUCAAAAAUAAUUUGAAUGAAUCAAGAACCUUCGUGCUUAUUUGGGAGCCAUUGAAAAAUAUUUUAAGUGAAGAAAUUGUUAACAAAAUUCAGAGUAAUUUUCCAAAUAUUAUGUUAUAUUUUAAUUUAGCAUUAGAAGAUCGAACUAAUGUUGAUAGGAAAGAUUGUAAAGAAUUAUUUGAUUUUAUGACUGUUUUUAAUCCAGUCAAAAUCCAGGAUGAGACAAAAUAUUAUAAAAAAAUGAUCUAUGAUUCAUCAGCUGUGAGAUUGCAUGUAGGAAGUUCAGAUUACUAUUCAACAAAUGAAAACUAUGGAAACUUACUUUCGUUAUAUUUUGUUUGGAUCAAAAAUAUAUUAGAUGAAUUAUCAACUAUCUUGGAAGAAGGUAGCAAACUAAUUAAUAUUGCAAGUAAAGCGGAUUUUCAAGAUGUAUCAAGUUUUCUAGCAAACUCUGAUCUUGUGGAUGAAUUAUUGAAUAUUAUUAAAAAUAAAUCAGUGGAUAAAUUUUUCACAGGCUUUAAAAAAAUAUUUAAUCACACGGAAUUUCUCUUUGAUAGUCAUCAAAUUAAACAAGGCCUUGACCAAAUAGUAGAUACCCUUCAGUCAAUGGAAAUCUUCGAAAAUCUUCGUCUUCUUGAUCUCAAAAUUACAAUCUCUGAAAUGUUUAACGACUGGCAAACUUUAGAAAAAAUUUUAAUUGAUGAUUUAAAUAUUCCAAGUCAGACAGUAGCUAUAUUAGGUCAUACAAAAGUGAAUAUUUUUAUAGCAAUUUUAAAACAAGGAGCAGCAGUUGGAAUGAAGAAUAGUGUUUGUGCUGAAAAUAAUUCAGAAACCAUUCUAAACUUCAAUGCUCUAGAAACUGAUGCUCAUGAACUUAUUUCAAUUUUUUGUUCUCUUAAUUCUUCUGCUAUCCAAAAUAUUAUGAUGAUAUUUAUUCAGCACUUAAAAUUCGAUUACAUAUUCCAGAAUCUGAUGAAUGUAAACGUUGGUACCAUUCUUAAAAAUGCUAACUUGACCAAACAAGACAGUGAAUUAAUUUUUGAUAAAAUUGGAGUCAAUGCUAAGCUUCUGAUGCUGUUCAAAGAUAAAAUGUCAUCAGGAAUCAACCUAAAUAUUCCUUCGGAAAAUACAAACAACUCCAAGAUAUCUAUUGAAAAUUUCCUUGAAUCUGCCAAUGAAAUGAUGUGUGGAAAACAAUCAAGAUCUGAUAGUGGACAAAUAACUCGUAUUAUAAGUUCUAUAAAAGAAACUGAAAUAACAUUUGAUCCGAUAGAAUUGGAAUCACUACCAACAGAUUUUUGUCGAGAUCUGUAUAAAAGUGUUGUAAAAAUGAAUGCUGGAAAAAUUAUUUGGUCAUAUGUAAAACCACUGAUUAGAGGAAAAAUUCUUUAUGCUCCUGAUUCUAUUUUGAAUGGAGAAAUUAUGAAACUUGCGAAUAAAACUUUUAAUGAAAUUGAAACCUUUGAAAAUUUAUUGAUAAGUUUUGAAAAAACUCUUGUAGCUAUUUCUAGAUUAGCUGAUGUAAAAGAUAAUCUGAAGGAACUUCAAGAAAUCUUAAAUACAGAAAUUAUGAAAAAAAUAAUAAAAUCUAUGACCAAAGGCGAUGCUUCAGACAAUCCAUUUACAUUUGAUUUCAGCGAUGUCAGUCUGGAUUUUAAACAAAUUGAACAAUUUGCAGAAAUUAUAAAAACUAUGAAUAAUUUCAUGGAAUGUAUCUUAAGUAACAGGAUGAUUGGAUUUAAGAGCGAAGAAGAAUUAGAAAUCGAGGCUAGACAAUUAAUAAAUUCUCAUGAAUUUUUAGCUGGUGUUAUUUUCUCAGAAAAUAAUUCUUCAGGUUUGUUAUCUAAAAGAAGUUUACUAGAUAAUAUUAAUUAUAAAAUUCGUAUGGAUGUGGAUUAUGUUCCUUCAACAAAAAGGUUGAAGAAUCAAUUUUGGAUCCCUGGUCCAGAAGAUUCUUUUAUUGAAAAUCUCAAGUAUCUUCAUGGUUUUGUUCAACUCCAAGACUCCAUUGAUCGAGCAAUAAUAGAAAUAAAAACAGGAAAGAGCGUAAAUUGGAAGACUGUAACUCAACAAAUGCCUUAUCCUUGUUGGAAAUAUUCCUCAUUUCAGUCGACCCUCUACGAAUCACAAGGACUAGUAGUAUGCUUUUUCUUCACUUUGAUGAUAUGCAUUGGAUCAGCAGUGCAUUUUUCUGUCUGGGAGCGAGAAUCACAAAAUGAAAUAAUAAUGAAUGUAAUGGGCUUGAAUUAUCGCAAUAAUAUUAUUGCAUGGUUCAUUACAACAUUUGUUGAAUUAUUAAUUGUCUGUGGAACUAUUUUGAUUAUUCUUGUUUUUGGAAAAAUUCUUCCUCAUUCAGAUCCAACUUUAUUAUUUGCACUGCUCAUAGAUUAUACUUUUUCACUAAUUACAUUUUGUUACAUGAUUUCAACUAUGUUUAGUUCAGCAAGUUUAGCAGCUGUAACAACUAUUGUUAUGUUUUUAUUGACCUAUAUGCCAUAUGUUAUUGUUAUUGCAAUGGAAAGUAACUUGGGACUUGGAUAUAAUCUUAUGCUUUGUUUAAGUAUGUCUACCAGUUUCUCUUAUGGAUGUCUCUAUGCUGCUAGACGAGAAGUACAAGGUGAAGGUCUUCAAUGGAAUUAUAUUUGGGAUGAUUCAAAUUUUGGUAAUCAGAUGUCAUUAGGUAUAAUCAUGAUAAUUAUAUUUUUGGAUGCUAUUUUAUAUGCUAUCAUAGGAUAUUUCAUCACAAAACAUAGAAAUUCAGAUAAAAAACAACAAAACAAUAAUAUUAUUGUAACUAAACAAGAAAUGGGUGUACGGUUUGAAUCAGUUAGGAAAGUUUAUCAAAUUGAAGAUGGAGAACGUGUAGCUAUUGACGAUUUUACAGUUAAUCUUCGCAAAGGAGAAAUAACGAGCCUUCUUGGCAGAAAUGGCGCAGGAAAAACUACGAUUAUUAAAAUUCUAACUGGCAUCAUAACUCCAACUUGUGGUCGAAUUUAUUUGAAUGGAAAUGAAGAUAAAAAACCAAAUAUUGGUGUUUGUCCACAAGAUAAUGUACUUAUUGAUGUGCUAACUCCUCGAGAGCAUAUGGUGUUUUAUGCCAAAUUAAAAAAUAUAAUGAGCAAUCGAGAAAUAGAAAGACAUGUUGAUGCGCUCUUGACAACACUAGAACUCGGCAAGAAACAAAAUGAACCAGUGUCCAGAUUAUCGGGUGGAACUAAAAGGCGUUUAUGUGUUUCAUUGGCUUUUUUAUGUUCUCCUCAGCUAGUAAUUCUUGAUGAACCAUGUGCUGGAGUGGACCCUACAUCUCGAAGACAAAUAUGGAAUUUAAUUGAACGAUAUAAAGCUCACACGACUAUUCUUUUAUCUACACACCAUCUAGAUGAAGCUGAAAUGUUGAGUGAUACGAUAAUAAUAUUAAACCAAGGAAAAAUUCUCUACACUGGAUCACCACUUUAUUUAAAAACAAUGUACGGUCGUGGUUAUUGGAUAAAUAUUACUUUUCCAUCGAACGAACCUAGAGAAAUUGAUAUGAGGUGUACAAAAAAAAUUCAAUUUCUUUUAGAAAAUAUAGUUUCCAAUGCAACAUUUGAUAGUACUUUAGAUUCCAUUGUAAUAAAUCUCCCUUUUCGAGAAAUACAUGGAGGUUUAAAUGACAUUGUUGGUGUUUUAAAAAUUCUAGAAAAGAAUAAAGGACAUCUAGGUUUUUCACAUCUUAUUUUAAAAUGUGAUACACUAGAUUCUAUUUUCUUACAUCUUUGUAAAAAAGAUGAAAUGAUUACACCAGCAUCAGAAGAAAAUACAAACACUUCUAGCUAUAGUAAAUCUAAAAAUAUUGAUUUAUAUUUCAGUAGAAAAAAAAUUCUUUCGAAUGAAUUAUUUAUGAAUCCUUCACCUAUUAAACAAGUUAAAGCUCUAUUGAAAAAAAGAAUAUGGCAUUUUGUGAAUGAUUGGCGAGCACCUACUGCUACUUUGAUUUUACCAACAAUUUUAGUUGCUAUUGCUAUGGGAUUUUCGUUAAUUCGACCUCCAUCUGGUGAUGAACCUUCAUUGAAACUUGAACCACAGUUAUAUAAUAAUCAACCAGUUUAUUUUUAUAGUGUUGACAAUGGUACAGAUUUAUUUUGUGAUAGUAUUUCUUCGCAUCUGAUAGAACGUUUUGGUGAUAAAUAUAGAGACCCACUUAAAGUAUUUGAUAAUAAUACUCAGACUUGUAAAUGCAUAGAAGGUCAACAAAUUUGCUCAAAAACUAAAAGAGACCUAGGUCUUCUACAAGUAUCACCAGGUCGUCCAACAUUAGAUUGGAUUAUUUCAACAUCUCAAGAGUAUAUUGAAAACAGAUAUGGCGGCUGGACCCUUUCUCACAAAGAAGACAAUCCAUUAUUUGUUAUUUGGUUCAAUAACAAAGGCCAUCACUCUUUGCCAGCAUACUUAAACGCUCUUAACAAUGCCAUCAGUAGAGCUUUAGGAAUUUCUACAAACUUGAAUGCUUCAAAUCAUCCGUUAAAGUUAUCAAGUGAACAAUUGAACCGAACAACUAUAUUGCAGCACGUUGCAGAUGUUGGAAUAGCUCUAGUACUUUUGAUUGCUUUCAACUUAGUUGCUGCUCAAGGAGCUAAAGAGCUUGUUCGUGAGAGAUUGUCUGAAGAAAAGUGUAUUUUAUAUCUAGCAGGGGUUCAUCCAAUAACUUACUGGACGAUGGCUCUAAUCUGGGAUAUGAUAAUGUUUGCAUUAUCUAUAGCUUUAGCCGUAGGAGUUUUUAAAAUAUUUGGAAUACCAGCAUACACUGAAAGAGAUAAUCUUCCAGGGCUAUGCUUACUUCUGGUAUUAUUUUCUUGGGCGUCAAUACCUUUUACUCAUUUAUUUGAAAAAAUGUUUAACAAUUCAAGUCUUCCUAACAUGGUAUUAUUUUGUUUCAAUACAUUUAUCGGAGUUGUAUGUCUUGCAUCGAUUCUUGUGUUGGAUAUUGUAGGAACUAGUGAAACAACUAAAAAUAUUCGGAAAUUGCUUCACAAUGUUUGGCUCAUACUUCCACAAUAUGCCUUAGGUGAUGCAUUGAUUGAAAUUUCAACGAAUCAUAUUAAAGCAGACUUGCUCCAAAAGUUCAAUAUGAAUACUUAUAAAUCACCCCUUGGUUGGGAGCUUGUUGGACAACAUUAUACAUGUUUAUUCAUUGUUGGUUUUGUCUUCCAUUUUAUCAAUGCUUUAAUUGAAUACAAUAAAUUGAUUUAUUGCAGAAAACAAAAAAAUUAUUAUCAAAAUGAUAGUAAUGAUAUUGAUCAUGACGUUCUAAAAGAAAGAAUUCGUGUCGAGAAUCCGUCUAAUACAGACGUUUUAAAAACAGUAAAUCUCACGAAAGAAUUUAAAACUAUGAAUGGAACAAUUACAGCUGUACGAAAUUUGAACAUUAGUAUUCCAGCAGGAACUUGUUUUGGUCUACUAGGCAUUAAUGGAGCAGGAAAAAGUACAAUCUUCAAAUUACUCACUACAGAAUUACUUCCUACAUUCGGAAAAAUAAUGUUCAACAAUCAAGAAAUUGGUAUGCGUCCACCUCCUAAAAGCCAAAUGAGCUAUUGCCCGCAAGCUGAUGCUCUGGAUAGUUUUCUAAGUCCACAUCAGUGCUUAACCAUUCAUGGCGAAGUAUGUGGAUUUAAUAGAGUAUCAGAAGUGGUAGAAAUGAUGUUGCACACUUUUGAUUUGCAACAAUAUGCUCAUCAGCGAGUAUCAAGUCUUAGUGGUGGAAAUAAACGAAAGUUGUGUGUAGCUAUAAGUGUAAUGGCUCCUGCUUCUGUGAUAUUAAUGGAUGAGCCAACUAGUGGAAUGGAUCCCGCAUCAAAAGAACUAAUAGCUUAUAUAAUUCGACAGCUAAUUAAAACAAAAAAAGUUGUUGUUUUAUCAUCGCACAGUGUUUUAGAGUUGGAAAAACUUUGUGAUAGAGUAGGGAUACUUGCCAAUUCCAGCUUACGGUGUAUAGGAACAGUACAGCAUCUGAAACACAAGUUUGGAGAAAGUUAUAUAGUUUUUCUACGAUUUAAUCGAUCAGUUUCUCUGGAAGAAUUAAAUGAUGCCAUAUUACGGAAUUUAAAUAAUGCUAGAAUCUUGUCUAGACAAUCUAUAACUGCUCAAUUAAUAUUAAAUAAACAUACGGAAAAGUUGAGUACAACUUUUUUGAAAGUAAAGAAACUUGCUAUGGAGUUAGACGCAGUAGACUAUACAUUAACUCAAACUUCAUUAGAUCAGAUGCUUUCAAAUUUCAAGGAUGCAACAGACGAUAACUUUUUAUUUCUUAAUUCAAGUAAAAAUUCAACGAUAAAUAACUCUUAUCUGACGAACAGUAUGCAUAUGAAUACAUUGCAUUAAAAAAUAAAGAUCUGGACAAAUUCAAUUAACUAUUACUAUAAAACUAAAUUAUUUUUCUACUUGUUAGAAGAAAGUUCAGUAUCUUGUUAAAAAGUUUUAGUUUUCAAUAAAAGUACAUAAUAAUACAAACAUCCGGAAAAUUCCA